AAUAACCCUUAAAAUAGCAUUCAUAUUCCCAAGAGUUCACAAACAUUCAUACAAUUCACCCAUGGCACCCAAAUUUGGUUCCAAAAACAAAUCCUCUUCAUGGCUCUCAAGCGGUUGCAUCUUCAUCCUAGGUGCAAUGGCAGCUCUUCUUUUUAUCUGGGGCCUCUCCUCCUUCAUCACUCCAAUCUCAAACACCAACCCCAAAUUCAACUCCAUCACCACCAAACUCAAAUCCUUUAACUUCACCACAAACACCGACUUUGCUGGUCCUGAUUUUUUACACGACCCUUCAGACAAAACCUUCUAUGACGAUCCACAAACAUGUUACACCAUGGACAAACCAGUGAAAAAUUGGGACGAGAAGCGUAAAGAAUGGCUACUUCACCAUCCUUCAUUCGUGGUCGGAGCAAGCGAAAAGAUACUUGUUAUAACGGGUUCACAACCUACAAAGUGUGACAACCCGAUUGGCGACCACCUUUUACUGCGGUUCUUUAAAAACAAGGUUGAUUAUUGUCGUAUACACAACCACGACAUAAUCUACAACAAUGCAUUGUUGGACCCGAAAAUGGACACUUAUUGGGCCAAGUAUCCUAUGGUUCGGGCCGCAAUGUUGGCCCAUCCGGAAGUUGAAUGGAUAUGGUGGGUCGACUCUGAUGCCAUCUUCACUGACAUGGAGUUCAAGUUACCCUUAUGGCGUUACAAUGAUCACAACCUUGUGAUUCAUGGUUGGGAAGAGUUGGUAAAGAAAGAACAUAGCUGGACUGGGCUAAACGCGGGUGUUUUCUUGAUUAGGAAUUGUCAGUGGUCGUUGGACUUUAUGGAUGUUUGGGCCAGUAUGGGCCCAAACAGUCCAGAAUACGAGAAAUGGGGUGAGAGGUUGAGAGCAACUUUCAAGACAAAAGUUGUACCUGAUUCUGAUGACCAGACUGCGCUUGCUUACUUGAUUGCGAUGGGAGAGGACAAAUGGACGAAGAAGAUCUAUAUGGAAAAUGAGUAUUAUUUUGAAGGGUAUUGGAUGGAAAUUUCAAAGAUGUAUGAUAAAAUGGGUAAGAAAUAUGAUGAGAUAGAAAAAAGGGUGGAAGGGUUAAGGAGAAGGCAUGCAGAGAAAGUAAGUGAACGUUAUGGUGAGAUGAGGGAAGAGUAUGUUAAGAAUUUAGGUGACAUGAGAAGACCUUUUAUUACACAUUUUACAGGGUGCCAACCUUGUAAUGGUCACCAUAAUCCAAUGUAUGCUGCAGAUGAUUGCUGGAAUGGCAUGGAGAGAGCUCUCAAUUUUGCUGAUAAUCAGGUGUUGCGCAAGUUUGGCUUCAUUCAUCCAAAUCUAUUGGAUAAGUCUGUUUCUCCAUUACCAUUUGGAUACCCUGCUAAAUCACCAUAAUAAUUGUUAUGGAGAUGAUGAUUCUUCUGUCCAUAAUAAUAAAAUAAUGAAGAUGAUGAUGAUAUUAGCAUUUAAUUAAUAAAAGUACUUCCUAGAUGGUUUCAUUGGAUCAUAAUGUUAUUCUACACCAUAUCUCUUGGUACAAGACCAAAAUGUAACUUUAUUUUAAUAGUAAUCAAAAGUUUCAUUAUGUA